AUGUGGCUAACUAGACGUCUGUUAGCACUACCAGUAAGAGCAACCGAGAAGUUUGCCAAAUACGCAUCUUUUAGCCCAACUCCGCUUUCUUUAAAAACAUUAGCAGCUUUCGGUAAAAGUCCGAGUUCAGAAAUUGCAAAGUCCACCAACUUUCUAAGAUUAGAGUUGCCUGUUCGGUUUGCUAAUAUUUUACAGGAGUUACAUCUUUUGCCUAAAAAGUUAUUAGAAACACCCUCAGCAUUUUUGGUCACUAGUUGGUAUGAAGAAACUUUUAUGGAUCUUAUCAGCUUUGAGGAUAAAGAUUUAACCGCAAAAGAUUGCGAUGACUUUCUCGUUGUUCUAGACACGGCUCUUUCCAGGCACGCGACUGUUGUCGAAACCAUGGCUUCAGGCGUAAUGGAAAUGAGAGAAAAGCACGGCGAGGAUCCGGUUAUAAAUAAUCAGCUGCAAUAUUUUCUCGAUCGACUUUUCUUGAUGCGUAUUAGCAUCCGUAUGCUCGCUAGUCAACACUUGCUUGUAUUCGGUCCCGAAUUGAAUAAACACCAUCGAUUUGUCGGCUGCAUUGACCAGCACUGCAACGUUGUUCACAUACUCCAAGACGCCUAUGAUGACGCCAAAUUGCUCUGUGACCACUACUACGCCGACUCGCCUGAGUUGAAGAUCAGCCUCUCAAAUGAUGUCAACGGAGUUAUUGAAUUCGUCUAUAAUGCAAUGCGAGCAGUGGUGGAGAAGGGACUGAAGCACAAAGAUGACGAUUAUGCACCAAUUGAAGUUCUCAUUGUCAAAGGCGAGCACAACGUCACAAUUAGGGUCUCAGAUCAGGGCGGAGGAUUUCCACGAGCUCUGAACGAUCAGCUGUUCAAGUACACCUACACCACUGGAGGAUCACGAACAGGUCGAAGUGAGUCGCAUCUCUCCCCCUCAGCGGGAUACGCGCCAAUUGCUGGCUAUGGCUACGGCCUACCCCUCUCACGGCUCUAUGCGCGCUAUCUCCAUGGUGACUUGAGUCUAUCUGGGGCGGAGGGCUAUGGCACAGAGGCCUUCGUGUAUUUGAUGAGUCAAGCCGCUGACGCAGACGAAUACCUCCCCGUUUUCAACCGCACCUCCGCGCGCCACUACGAGUCUGUGGGUAUUCCCAUUGAUGACUGGAUCCACCGCACAGGCAGCCCCACUCACGAGAAACGCCAACAGCAGCAGCAGCAACACACCUCUUAG